UCGAUUGCGUCGUCGUCGUUUCUUCCAGCUCUACAACUGAGUUUUCCAGCAACUGACAGAGCAUGCAACGUGAUUAAUUAGUUUGCGAGCCUAGAAAGACGACCGGAAAGAAAAGCAAGCGCUAAGGAGAGCAAUUAGGAGCUAGGAACACACACCGCAGCAGUCGCCAGCGGAGACACCCACAGCCAGAGAGCUAGCGAGGAGACAGAGCAGCCAUGCCACGCGGAAAGUUCGUCAACCACAAGGGUCGCUCUCGUCACUUCACGUCGCCCGAGGAGCUGCAGCAGGAAUCCGAGGAGGAGAGCGACCAGUCGGGCAGCGGUAGCGGCAGUGACAGUGAUGCUGAGGACGCCAAGGCGGACAAGGCCAGCGGCUCGGCAGCGAAGCCAAAGCCAUCGGCCGCCCGGAAACCCGCUGCUUCCAGUCGCCAAGCGGCGCAGCGACAAAAGCAGCGGGCAGCCGGCGGUGCCGGUGGCUCCUCAGAGUCCGAAUCGGAGGAGGAAUCCGAGGAUGACUCUGAGGCUGAGGCGCGCGAUGCCAAGAAGGGCGUGGCCUCGCUGAUUGAGAUCGAGAAUCCCAACCGGGUGACCAAGAAGGCAACACAAAAGCUUUCGGCCAUCAAGCUGGACGAUGGGCCAGCCGGUGGCGCUGCCAAGCCAGAGCUGUCGCGCCGAGAACGUGAACAGAUUGAGAAGCAGAAGGCCCGCCAGCGAUACGAGAAGCUUCAUGCUGCAGGCAAAACGACCGAGGCAAAGGCGGAUCUUGCCCGGUUAGCCCUUAUCCGGCAACAGCGUGAGGAGGCGGCCGCCAAGCGGGAAGCUGAGAAGAAGGCCGCCGAGGCUGGCGCUAAGAAACCAGGAGCCAAGUAGAUACAGCCGGCAAAGAAUGCGAAUGCUCAUGCUCUCCAAUCAACCCCAAUCCCGAACCCACAACCCAAUCCCAAUCCCAAUCCUUAUCCCUCAUCCAACCGAACCUAACCGAACAGACCAGAUGAAGCAAUGGCAACCACUGGGGCUAAUGGCAAUUAGAUAAGUAAAUUAACCAAGUACAGCACGAUGCUAUCCGCUAUCCGUGCUGAUUCAAAAUUUCAUCAAGUUUUCUAUGCCUGUCUUUUUUGUAAUUGCGAAUUAUACAAAACAAAAAUAAACCACGAUGUAUACACGA